UGAUUGGAGAAUGUCGGUGGGUGUUGCAGUGUUUUCCUUAUCGCCAUUGGACUUCCUGUCCGCCGCUCAAAGCUGCCGCGACUGCGUCUCCAGACACUUCCUGCUCCGAGCUAUAGUUUCCAGAGCAAGCGACUACCUGUCGUCAUGAGGGGGGGAGGAAGACAACAUGAGGAACAAAGAUCUUAGGGAGGGAACGUGAGGCUCAACUCAAGGACACUACCAUGACUUAAACUAAGGGCCGGCCUGGACCUGUCUCUUUGUGUGUCUUUUGUUUUGUUUUUGUUUUGUUUUUAUUUUUUUGUCGAGUCCAUACCUGUCGUACAUAGUUUUCUUGGGGAAAACGGAUAACAAACUAGUGUGCUGGAGUAUUUGUUUGGCUGAAACUUGUAUUCCACUACUGUAAAGGGAUUAGUAUAGCCACUCCUCCUCUGUGCCUCCUAUGUCACUGAGAUUAAAGAUAGCAAUACAGGUAUCAAAGGUCUUGAAAAAGCGUUCACUUAUCAUAUCUUUGUCGCAUUAAUUACACCAUGCUAAAACACACUCCACAAAAUUCAUUACUCGUGCAUUUAUUGAAUUGAAUUGUUUGUCUUAUUCAUAUGUAGCAGUCCAGCUUAAUUUUUUGUUCGGUUGUGUAAUUAUUUAAUGAUGUAUUGUUAAUUCCGAGGAGUUUCUCUGCUGACAUUAUAUUGUUAUUGUAAUAGAAGGGUUUGGGGUUGUCAUGUAAACACUUUUUUUUUACCGAUGCAAACUUGUGAAGAACAAGUUUGUUUGAAUGACCGAGCUUGUUGUGGAAAAUGUACAUUUUAAAUUGAUGUUGUCUUUGACUAUGUUGGUGUGCAACUGACACAUUUUCCCACUGGUAGUAAACUGUAGAAGCUGACAACCCUGCAGAUCAAGCUGUGAUUGGAGCUCUUUAACUGUGACACAAAGAAAGAUCUUUAGCCGUUCCUAUCUUCACUGGAUAAAUACUCUACUAGAGGAACCUUUAAACUGGAUCACGGGUUUGAUUUUUUUUUCAAAUGAACACAUACUUCUUAACUGGACAGACGGAAGCAGAAACUUUUUGGUUUGGGACAUGUCUCUUGUCUCUUGAAGCCUAAAGCCGAAGAGGGAGAAUGAUUCUGAGAAGAUUUUCGGGAUAAAGUUCCCAGACUGGCAUUCAGAUACAUUUUUAUUUUACUUCAAAUCCCCUCUUAAGCUUUGUAACUGUCCACUUUAGCAGCGAGGAUGCGAUCUCCAGAACCGUCUUCACCAUCCACAGCAGAAGCCCUCCUUCACGGCCAAUUUGCCAGCUGGGCUUCAGGCAGCAACAGCAACAAUAACAGCUGCCCCAACAGCCCCGGCGGUUCGGGGGGACUCUCCCCUGCCGCCUCCCCUUCUCCGGCCUCCAACUAUGCCUUGACCCUCACUCACACCCACAUACAUAUCCAACGGCUGUCACCAAAGUCGGGGAAGGAAGCCCGCCUCCUGCUGCCUUUAUCAGAGCUAGUGGGGUGCAGCUGCCCUCGCGCCCCUGCGCCUCCUCUUCUGGUGCUGUACUGGUACCCGCCGGGCAAACGACGGAAAGGUGUCUCUCGGCGCAGGCAAGUGAGGGCCUACCUGGCAGAAAGCAGGUGUGAGGCUGAGAGGUGGUCUGCUGCCGUGCAGUGUCUACUCAGAGGUGUGACCGUCACUGCUGACACGGAAUUUUCAAGAAGUCUGCUACCUCGUCCCAGGCGACUAAUGUUAUUGGUCAAUCCCUUCAGUGGCAGAGGCCAGGCAAUGCAGUGGUGUCAGACCCACAUCCUGCCGAUGAUAAGAGAGGCCAACAUCAGCUACAACCUUAUACAGACGGAGCGUCAGAACCAUGCCAGAGAGCUCAUCAGAGAGAUAUCGCUCACAGAUUGGGACGGCAUCAUAAUAGUCUCCGGAGAUGGCCUGCUGCACGAGGUAAUAAAUGGGCUGAUGGAGCGUCCUGACUGGGAACAAGCAAUAAAAACCCCUGUUGGAAUUCUUCCUUGUGGAUCUGGGAAUGCACUGGCUGGCUCCGUCAAUCACCAUGCAGGGUAUGACAUGUGCCUUCGGGAGCCCCUUCUUUUGAACUGCUGCUUUUUGCUCUGUCGAGGUGGUGUCCGACCCAUGGACGUGAUUUCCGUGACAACAAGCCCUCCGCCGUCCAUCAACAGCCGUGCUGCAUCACCCAGGAGACUGUUUUCGUUCCUCUCCGUUGCCUGGGGCUUUGUGUCCGAUGUGGACAUUGAGAGUGAGAGGUAUCGUGGCCUGGGAUCUGCACGCUUCACCCUGGGCACACUGGUGCGCAUAGCUUCUCUUCGAUCUUACAAAGGUCGUCUGUCCUUCCUGCCUCCCUCUAGUAGCGACACAUCGCCGGAUGCCACACCCCCUCUGCCAAGAAGAACGCUCUCCCGCAGUAUCACGGAAGGCCUGGACGGCUUUUGUCGACCUCCUAUCCAUCGCACCUGCUCCGACAUGGGCAUCAGUGAACAGAGAAGUCUGCGUAUGGGUGAAGUAGAGCGGGAAAAAGAGGAGAGGCAGAGGGAAAGGGAGAGGAGAAGGGACAGGGCAAGGGGAAGAGGAGCUGGUGUAGUCAGGACAAGCAGCUUGGCAGAGGACAGAGAGCGGGAGAGGGAGGGGGAGAUGGAAGCAGAAGAGGGGAGGUCAGCGAGAUGUUUGGAGAUUCCAGAAUCAGUUGAAAGGGAAGACUGCAAUACGGGAAGAGUAGAACCUUUGUUGGCCGGGAUCCAGAAUGACAGGGAAGAUGAGGGAAAGGUGGAGCAAGACUCCAGUGAGCUGGAGGAGGACGGCAGGGGGAGGGAUGCGGAAAGCAGCGGGGGUUCUGCUGAGGGGGAGAGAGUGCUGCGCGCAAGAGAGCUGGAAAAAAACUGUGAGGUAAAUGUGGGGCGAGAGGAAGAAGGGCAGGAGGGUAGUGUCACAUGCCCAGGUGGCCAUCAGGAGGCCCGACAGACGCUGAGAAAGAAUUCAGCACCUUCAAGCCAGAUAGCCGACACUCUCUUCAACCAGCCUCUCAGUCAGGAGGCCGACACAGAUUCUGGCGUCUCCUACGGGGUGGAGGACAUGGAUCUGAACGGGACCUACUACCAGAAGGAUCCCUACCAACUGGACGUUGCUCGCGAGCGUUCUCUCACCAUCUCCUCUCCCUUUCGUCACUCUCCUUUCUCCUACAAGCCCAAGACCCUGGAUCAAAACCAGAAUGCCUCUCGUCCGAGGCCCCUCUCUCUCCUCCAGCACUCCCACUCAAACUCGCUCCCCCCUAAACUACCGUCCCUCUCCCUGUCACUUUCUCCCACGCCGCCAUCUUCCCCUUCAUGUGCCUCGCCGCACUCAUCGUCCUACCUCGUGCCCCGUCCUAAUACCCCGAAUUCCACCUCGCCGUCACCGUCUCUACGUACACCGUCCUCAUCUUUUAACUUUGACGUUGGUGAGCCAGCAGGGCCGCUGAAGAGCCGACCUUUGGUCUCACUUUUGAAUGUCCCUCGGGACAACUUGUUACCCCCUCUCGACCAACCCAUUCCCUCCAGAGAUUGGGUCACUAUUGAAGGGGACUUUGUCCUGGUACUGGCCCUUUAUCAGUCCCACCUUGGGGCUGAUCUUCAUGCUGCACCCCAGGCCAGGUUUGACGAUGGGCUGAUCCACCUGACCUUUGUGCGGGCGGGGAUCUCCAGAGCCACUCUUCUGAGGCUGUUCUUUGCCAUGGAAAGAGGAACCCACCACUCCGUCACCUCUCCGUAUGUGAGCCACAUCACCUGCAAGGCCUUCCGACUGCAGCCUCUUUCCACACGGGGGACACUCACUGUGGAUGGAGAGCUGGUGCCCUAUGGGCCUCUUCAAGCACAGGUUCAUCCUUCCUUGGCUCGUCUCAUCGUUGGUGACUCUGGGGUGAAGAUUAGCAGAUUCUAAUCAGCGAUUGGUUGAGCCGAUUGAGGGAAACAGCUCUCUACUAAAUUAUGUAAUCUUUGUUGUCUCCAUACUCUGGAAGAGAGGACGGGGUAUCUGAGAGACUAAAAAUAGCCAGGACUGCAGACACUGCUUUCCCGGGGUUUAAUGAAAGGGAUAAUGCACCGAGUCCGCCCAUCAUUUAAGCAUGACUGCAGGGAUUAAUAGAGAAUUUGAAAAUGGAUGAAAAAUGCCCCUCAUUGCACAGCUGUUGGAUUACGCAAAGCGUACCCAAGCAUGAAAACUGCACAGCCUGGGAUAGUUGGAAGGGAAGAACAAUCGAAUGUUUGUGGAAUUAUUUUAUGCAGAUAGUGCAUGUGUUGGAUGUAUACUUAGUUGUAUGCAUGCAGAGAAGCACUAACUAGAUUUUGCCUUUUAAUAAAAUGAAAAUAAAUCAGAUUACGUCCUUAAACAUGAAAUGCUUUAAAAAAAAUGUUGAGAUUCACUCAACAGCCUAAUUUAAAUUAGCCCUGUAUCUUCAAACCCAUCCCAAUGUCAAACUUAAACUUCCGUCCAUGAAAGAAAUGCCUUAUCUGACCCUCCUUGGACAGUUUUACCUUUGCCCUUACUUGCUCUUACAUAUUUAAGAGACCUGCUGUGUUCACACUACGAGCAAUUUGUUGCUUCUUGUCACAGGCCUUCGAUCGUAAUGAAGACUUUUCCUGUGUGGCUCGUGGUGUGAACGGAACAUGAGCCUCUUUCCACCUACUAUGGUGUCUGUCCACUACAUCAGAGCAAAGCUACAUCUAUGUAAUUAGACAACUGGUAGACUCACUUACUUACUGUUAUCUUUGAGCACACUACUUUACACUGUUUUAAGCAUCAGUGGAGAAAAUCUGGGCAAAUGUACACAUCAAUGACCCUUUACCCAAGUGACUCGAUGUAGAACAGCGAGAUCAAGCUUUUCUGAGUGUAAUUACUUUAGUAAGAGCAAUGGAACCGUUGAACGGUCACCAUUACUGACGUUUUUACAUAAUUUGCCUGUUUUUAUAGACUGGUUGCACGACGAUGAUUUUGAACUUUAAACAUUGAACAUAAAACGAUCUGAACAAAGCAAGCUUCUUAUACAGUUGUUUCAGAAUGUACAUUUUCUUGAAAAGUUUAAGUUCACAUAGAUGUCUAGAAAAUAUCACUAUCUGAGUAAUCAACAAUUAAAGUGUAGAGGGCUUCACAUGCCUCUGUUAAGUAGGAAUAGUUGAGGCAGUACACAUAUCACGACACUAGAAUGCUUCGCAACUUUUACAUCAACACAGUAACGAGAAUCUGAUACAAUGCUUGUUCUAGAAAGGGAUGCACUAGUAUAAACAGCCCAGAUACUAUAUUACAUGGAUCACUUUGUAUUCCUUGCUUUAAAUCAACAGAUGCCUCAAUCUGAACACUCACAGCAUUUGAAAGGUGGAACUCACUGAUAACAAAACCCUUAAAAUCCUGCCAAACGAGGGCAAAACACUAAAUCCAGCAGCUGUGUCCUCACACCACACUUGAUAAAUCGAAUGGUGGUAAAAUAACUUGAGAAAUGAUCCAGCAGAAUAACUAAUCUGUUGAAAUGAAGUGAUCAAUUGUUUUUUAAAUUAAAGUAUCUUAAGAAUUGUUGUAUUAUUAUAUUUUUUCCGAAUUACUGUUUGCUCCUUGGUAAAAAUCAAACAGCAGAUCUGAGAACCGACAUGAGGAACAUGUCUUGUAUGAAUCAGUUUUGGAAGUGUGUAAAACUUGAGGUUGUUUUUGGUCUGGACGAAGCAUAAAUCAUUAGCAUGUGCAGUAUCAUUCAGUGAGAUAUUGUGCCGCUUGCUUGGGUUGCCAUCCGCAUACUGUAUGACUUGGUCAUGCCUGGACAAAUCAAUGCCUUUGUAAAAUAAGCCUGUAAAUUAUGGCUGUUGAUAAAAAAUUGUUGAAACCCGACUGCAGAAAUCGGAGUCAAACUUUUUGCUCACCAGGCCUUUAUUUUGAUUCUUUUUUUUAUUUUUCAUUGAGCACACAAUGCAGCUAUAUUACCACAACUACACUGCUUACACAGCUAGAGAAUGUGAACACAGCAUAUUGAGUGAAGGCUUGUAACACUUUUAAAUGCAGUUGUUUGUCCCAAAUGUUUACUUGCAAUAUUAAAGAGACUAGUUCACCUUCUUAACUAAUUUUGUCGUCGAUGGCUAUAGCUUGGACAAUGGAGUUAUAGACUAAUUGUAUAUGAAAAUGUCGAGGUAAAAAUCCCCUAUUGAUCAUGCCAUAAAGUUGUCUGUAGUGGGCUAGCUGUAAUGAAAUUGUAAUUAUUACUAAAAUCAUAUAAAUAUAUGAAUUAUUCAAAUACACAAUGUACAGUUGAUAGUUAUAUGGUUUUGAAUAAAUGUAACUUAAUUAAGUUUUCUGAA